AUGGAUUACCACCUGCUUGGACUAAUUCUGUCUUUUCUCUUCAAUGGCACAAAGGUCUUAGCCGGUUACCCAAUUUGGUGGUCCCUGGCCCUGGGCCAGCAGUACAGCUCCCUGGGCUCCCAGCCCAUCCUCUGUGGCUCCAUCCCCGGCCUGGUGCCCAAGCAGCUCCGCUUCUGCCGCAACUACAUCGAGAUCAUGCCCAGCGUGGCCGAGGGGGUGAAGCUGGGCAUCCAGGAGUGCCAGCACCAGUUCCGGGGCCGCCGCUGGAACUGCACCACCAUCGAUGACAGCCUGGCCAUCUUCGGGCCUGUCCUGGACAAAGCCACGCGCGAAUCCGCCUUCGUGCACGCCAUCGCCUCGGCCGGGGUGGCCUUCGCCGUCACCCGCUCCUGCGCCGAGGGCACCUCCACCAUCUGUGGCUGUGACUCCCACCACAAGGGACCCCCGGGGGAUGGCUGGAAGUGGGGGGGCUGCAGCGAGGACGCCGACUUCGGGGUGCUGGUGUCCCGGGAGUUUGCGGACGCGCGGGAGAACCGGCCGGACGCGCGCUCCGCCAUGAACCGGCACAACAACGAGGCUGGCCGGACGACCAUCCUGGACCACAUGCACCUCAAGUGCAAGUGCCACGGGCUCUCGGGGAGCUGCGAGGUCAAGACCUGCUGGUGGGCCCAGCCCGAUUUCCGAGCCAUCGGGGACUACCUGAAGGACAAAUACGACAGCGCCUCGGAGAUGGUGGUGGAGAAGCACCGCGAGUCGCGGGGCUGGGUGGAAACCCUCAGGGCCAAGUACGCGCUCUUCAAGCCGCCAACGGAGCGGGACCUGGUGUACUACGAGAACUCCCCCAAUUUCUGUGAGCCCAACCCCGAGACGGGCUCCUUUGGGACGAGGGACAGGACGUGCAACGUCACCUCGCACGGCAUCGACGGCUGCGACCUGCUGUGCUGCGGGCGCGGCCACAACACGCGGACUGAGAAGCGCAAGGAGAAAUGUCACUGCAUCUUCCACUGGUGCUGCUACGUCAGCUGCCAGGAGUGCACGCGGGUCUACGACGUCCACACCUGCAAGUAA